AUGGCUGUGGUAGCGACCCCGAGCUACAGAGCAGGAGAGCCGAGCGCUCCCUCAGAACCGCAGCGCCCGCGCGACCGCCCCGGACCGAGCGAGGAGGUCAGUGAAAGGCAUCGCCUGUACCCCCGCUGGCUCCUCCAGCGCUGGCCCCGAACGCUCCUCCCAGCGCCGGGCCCGCGCCGGCGGUCGCGGCCCAGCGGGCGGUUCACACACGCGCACCCACCGCGCCCUCGGCGGCUCCGGGGCGGCUCCGCGCGGGACAGGCGGGGGCUCGGCUCGGGGCCGCGAUGCUGCCGGCGCUGCCGGCACGGCGAUGAGCGGGAGCUGGAGAGCAGCGAGGAGGGCAGCGGCGCGGGCGAGGAGCGGCGGCACGGAGCGGCAGCGGCAGCACCUACCACGGCCUCUACGGCUACGCAAAGCUGGAGGCGCCGGGUCCCCCUCGCCCUCGGGCCGUACCUUUCCCUAUCGCGGUCCCUGUUCCGUGUCACGGGUGUAAAAAUCAAUCCUGGGAAUCCCUUGGCUUUCAGGUCCGCGCAGGGAGCGGCCGGCGGGGAUGGCGGGGCCGGGGCACACACCCCCUCCACCGAGGACUUCAGCCUCACCUUGCUGGACACGAACUUACCAGCUGAAGCGGAGACAGAACUGCGCGGUUUUAUCGCCAAGCGCCUCACUAAGGGAGCCCUGUUUGAAGGGAUGGGCAGUGUAGCCUCGGUGGGGCUCAGCAUACCAGAAAGCAAAGUUGGUUGUUACUACUGUCGUUUCCAACAAGAAAAUCUUCUAGAAAUGGGGACACUGGAAUCGGACGCCAAUGCUCCAGAAUAUGUGGUCUGCUUCUUAGGUGGCUCAGAGAAAGGUCUGGAACUUUUCAGACUUGAGCUGGACAAAUACAUUCAAAGUCUGAAGAUAAACCUUGAUUUGGAGCAAAAGAACUUGGAGAGCUGUGUGAGCCCCUACUUGAGGAGCUGGUUUGAGGAUGCCAUCUGCCCCAUCCAGAGGGUGGUGCAGCUCUUCCAGGACAAACUGGCCUCUCUGUUACAUGCUGCUUUGAGUUAUACUCCUGUAGAAGUGAAAAAUGCAGAUGAAAGAACAGAAAAGGACAUCAGCAGGUUCCUGGCAGCUGCCAGCCUGCAAGGACUGGUCCAGGAAGGCACAAUGACCUCCCUGUGCAUUGCCAUGACCGAGGAACAGCACAAGUCCCUGGUUAUAGACUGCAGUGCAGCUCAGCCCCAGUUACACAAUGCAGGGAGCAACAGAUUCUGUGAGGACUGGAUGCAGGCUUUUGUGAACGGUGCUGAAGGUGGCAAUCCAUUUCUCUUCCGGCAGAUUUUGGAAAACUUCAAACUGAAGGCCAUCCAGGACAUUAACAACCUGAAGAGGUUUAUCCGCCAGGCUGAGAUGAACCACUAUGCCCUGUUCAAGUGCUACCUGUUCCUGAAGAACUGUGGCAGUGGAGACAUCCUCCUGAAGAUUGUCAAAGUGGAGCAUGCAGAGAUGCCAGAAGCCAGGAAUGUAGUGACCGUCCUCGAGGAAUUCAUGAGAGAAACAGCGGUGGCUUAAAAUUACCUUAUAUAUAAAUCAUUCAUUUCUUCUGUGAAGCUAUUGCAGAAUUUUUAAUUUAUAUUUAAAAGUAUUACCCAAGUCAAACUUAAGUUGCAGCUUCACCUGCCUUUUGUCUUUUUCAGAUGAAGCUUUUUAAUGUGUAAAUACCAGAUCAUACAAACUCUGGCAUAGUUUUUAGUGCUUACCAGAUUGUCCAACUGACUUGCUCCUCUUCUGAGGAAAUCAUGAUGUUUGUUUUUUACAGUCACUACAUGAAAGAAAACCCAAACCCAAAUCCCUUACCUGGCAAGCAUUUCAGUGUUUUUAAUAUUUUAAAUGUCUUCAAAAUUAUCAUGUGUAAUCAUUAGGAUCUGGCUACUUUGUUUUAAUAAAGGAGCACAAACAUCUGGAUAGAUUAUAGUAAAUGAAUUAAUCAGAUUAUAUAAGAGAGCAUAGGUAACAAGUCUGUAGCUACUUUGUGCAUUCUGCUUUCAAACUGACUAUUCUGUCUCUGGAUAAACAAGUCAUUAAAUGGUAUGAGACAGAGCUGCCUAAAGACUGAACAGUUUCAGUGACACAGGACAGGCAUCUGAAGUUCCCAAGCUAUUUGAUGAAUCCCUUCUUUCUUAGUUUGUGGUGUGAUCAGCACCUUUGUAUGUUCUUAGUACCCAUUUUGCUAACUGUAAAUCAUCAUAUGUUUUUUAAUUAGGAAGAAUUAAAUCUGAAAAUUUUAUAGAUUAAAUAUUAACUUUAAAUUAGAUGAAACUUCUUCAGAAUUGAAGUAAAUUAAGUUCCCAGGUUCAGACUUUAAAAUAUUUUGUUGUAUUUCAGCAAUGAAUUCUUUCCCACGUCAUAGGACAGGUGGGCAGCAGAAUACCUGAAGGAAAUCUUUGGCUACAGCUGGAAUCCAAACUCACAAGGUCUCUGAGAGACCUCCUAAAUGAGAAUGAUUUCUGCAAACCUGAUAACAGCAAAACUCCUGUGGUUUCCCUUUGCAGCAGAAGGUGUUGGGAGAAGUCUCCCUGAAACAGUGACUGUGAUGAACAUGGUUCAGUGUGACUGUUGUGCCUCUGCUCUGUACUGUGAUGACAGAAGUUUGGUGCUUUCCUGUGACACCACUGUGUGAAAUAAAGUUUACAAUAAACUCAAA